UUCUUAAAAUUUAUUUUUAUACACUUGCUUUUUUGGACUAGGAUGUAGAUGUAAACAUUAAACUAAACUCAUUAAACUGAAAUUGGUACUGUACAUAAAAUCAAAUUAAUAAUAUGGAAAUAAAACCAGACACUAGUGAGAAAACUUGUAAAAUAGAAAUAGAUAAUUACAUUCCUUUUGAUGCCUUCAAAAUUGAAAUCAAGGAAGAACCCAAGCCAGAAACUGCUACAGAUCAAGCAUUUGAUUAUUUGAACUUGAAUGCAUUCCCUGUAAAUAUUAAAGUAGAACAAGAUGAAUAUAAAUUUACACUAUUUGAAGAAAAGGAAACAACAGAUGAAGAAGGUUGUCCCCAGGAGGAUAACAAAAUGAAAAUUAUGGAAACGUUACAUUCGUCUCAUACAGAAAAAUCUACAGGUCAUCACGUUGAAGGAACAAUAUUAAAUACAAAUAUGGAAUUUGGUACUGGACAAAGAUCUUACCAAUGUGAAAUAUGUUUCAAGCAGUUUUCUCAAAUAAGCAAUUUGAAAUCACAUUUAAAAGUGCAUACUGGUGAAAAACCGUACAAGUGUGAAGUUUGCUCCAAGCAGUUUUCUCGAAAAUACGAUUUAACUGAACAUACGAAACGUCACACUGGAGAAAAACCUCAUGAGUGCAAAACCUGUUUAAAACAGUUUACCACAAAAAGAUAUUUGAAACUUCAUUUAAAAACGCACACGGGAGAAAAACCGUAUAAGUGCGAAACUUGUUUAAAGCAGUUUAGGGCUGCAAGUGAUCUAAAAAGACACUUGAAAACACACAAUGAGGAAAAACUUUACAAGUGUGAAAUUUGUUUAAAGCAGUUUGUUACUACACAUGAUCUGAAAAGACAUUCGAGAUGGCACACUGGAGAAAGACUUUACAAGUGUGAAAUUUGUUUGAAGCAGUUUAUUUCUUCAAGUGAUUUAAAAAGACAUUUGAAAACACACACCGGGGAAAAACUUCACAAGUGUGAAAUUUGUGUUAAGCAGUUUUUUCAAGCAAUUAAUUUGAAAACACAUUUGAGAGUGCACACAGGAGAAAAACCUUACAACUGCGAAAUUUGUUCAAAGCGCUUUUCUACUCACAGUCAGUUGAGACAACAUUUGAAUAGACACACUGGGGAAAAACCUUACAAGUGUGAAAUUUGUUUAAAGCAGUUUACUACAACAAGUAAUUUAAAUAUACAUUUGGGAAUACACAAUGAAGAAAAAAAAAUUGAGUGUGAAAUUUGUUUUAAGAAGUUUACUGCUAAAAGUCAUUUGAAUAGACACUUGAGACUGCAUACUGGAGAAGAAAUCUUACAAGUGUGAAAUCUGUUUAAAUAUGUUUCCUAUUAAAAGUCAUUUGAAGAAACACUUGAGAGUGCACACUGGAGAAAAACCUCACAAGUGUGAAAUUUGUUUUAAACAAUUUGGUGAAGCAGGUCAUUUGAAAAUACAUUUAAGAGUGCACACUGGAGAAAAACCGCACAAGUGUGAAAUUUGUUUAAAGCAGUUUAGUACUGCAAGUGAUGUAAGAAGACAUUUGCCAACACAUACUGGGGAAAAACCAUACAAGUGUGAAAUUUGUUUAAAGCAGUUUUCUUACACAAAUGCGUUGAAAAGACAUUUGAAGCUGCACAGUGGAGAUCAACAAGUGUGACAUUUGUUUUAAGCAUUUAAGUCUUGUACUGGAGUAAAGACCGUUUACAGAACAUUCAAGAAGACCAUCCAACUGUAAGAAACUUACUUAUUCUUCGCUCCAUACGGAGCAUAGGUAGGAUUACCAUAAUUUAUUAAGGCCAAAUCUGGACAGGGGUAGUCCAAGGAAAAAAACAUAUCCUUGACCUUGCCUUUUUACACCCCCAAAGUUAGUAUUGGUAUUAUCAGCACAAAGGCAAACUACUUUUGAAUCAAUAGAGUACUUUUUAAUACAUUUUAAAACAUGUUCUACUAAAAGAUCAGAUGUUUCACCCGGAAGUUCAUCAAAAAAAGUUUCACGUUGACACCAUUUUGCUUAAAAUAACGAACACAUACCGGAGCCAGUUUGAUUUCGUUUCUGUUUGAACUAUCAAUUGUAACCGUAAUAGAAUUUGUAUCUUUGAGAUCUUCGAGUAAUUUGUUAAAUAUGUUUUUUAGUAAAGAAAAAAAUCCGACAUUUCUCAUAUCCGGACGGUCCGGACGUAUGGUAACCCUAAGCAUAGGGCAUUAACUAUUUGCCUCCAUUCUGUCCUAUCCUUUGCACUGAUCUUUAUUUCUACCCAGGUUUUCCCAAUAGCACUAAUUUAUUUCUCGACACUUCUUUUCCACGUUUCUACUGGUCUACCUAGUCUUCUCUUUCCAUGUGUUGUGUAUUCUAGGACUUGCCUCGCUAUGUCUGUGUCGGGUGUCCUUAGCGUAUGUCCCAUCAACUCCAUUUCCUUUUGCAUAUUGUCUUAGAUAUAGGCUCCUGGUUAGUAAUAAUUAGUUAAAUUUCUCUAUCGUUUUUAAUCCCGUGCCUCCAUAGUGACAUUCCCAUUUCUCUUGGUGUAUUUACAUAGUUUCAUUAUCUUAGUUUUUCUGACGUUUGUGUUAAGUCCAACCUUCUUCCCUGCCUCUGCUACUUUUUCAGUUUUGUAUUGCAUGUGCUGUCUUUUUCUGUUAAAAGGCAUAUCAUCUGCAAAUUCCAAGUCCUCAAGUUGGUUAAAAACAUUCCAUCUUAUUCCAGUCUUAUUACUAGUAGCCUUGAACAUGAUCCAGUCGAUUACUAUCAGGCAUAAUCAGGGCCCGCUCUAACGCUCUUUUUGCUUCAAAAAAGAAAGAAAAAAUCAAAGAAAUAAAUCGGUCCCUUAUCUUAGCCUGAAAAUUCAAAAUGAGGUGAUAGAUUUGCUUGGAAACUCGAAUUAAAAGUGAACUAAUUCAUAAUAUUGGUGCAUCUUCAUUUUUUUCGAUAGUUAUAGAUACAACUCAAGACAUUUCAAAAAUAGACCAACUUAGUUAGUUUCUCGAUAUGUAUAAAUUGUGUAUGUCGAAGAAAAUGUCUUGGAUGCUAUAACUAAUAAUUCAUUUUUAGGAUUUGUUCCGAUAACUGACCAAACUGCGUGUACAAGAGGCUACUUUUGUAUUACAUAUAUUAUAAAUUGACAAUGUACAUAUAUGGUAAAAAUGAUAUUUAAAUAAAUGUAUAAACUACAGUAAA